UAAUUAUGUUAAUCAUUUCAACGGUGGCAGUGUAUAAAAUCGGUUGUACGUAACAGUGUAACAGUGAAAUAAAAUGACUAAGUUGGUAGUUCUGACCUCCAUAGUUUUAAUCAGUAUUCGCUUGACGGAACAAUCAAAUUUUUUGAGCAUAGAUCAUAUAAAAAAGAUUAAUGAAGUCGCUAAAACGUGGAAGGCCAAACAAAAUUUUCCACCCAACACGCCCAGAGAACGGAUUGUACGUCUAUUGGGUUCGCAAAGCGUCUCGAACGUGUUAAAGAGUCCGGUGAAGGAUAACGACCCGUUGUACGUGGAAGACAGUGAAAUCCCGAGUGAAUUCGACGCGAGGACGCAGUGGAAGUAUUGUUCGACGAUCGGGUUGGUGCGCAAUCAAGGGAACUGCGGCUCGUGCUGGGCUUUCGGUACAACCAGCGCGUUUGCCGAUCGACUGUGCGUAGCGACCGACGGCAGUUUCGAUCAGCUCAUAUCCGCCGAACAGCUGACGUUCUGCUGUCACAGAUGCGGUUUCGGCUGUCACGGAGGCAACCCGUACAGAGCAUGGGAAUACUUCAAAAGAAAUGGCGUGGUCACCGGAGGCAAUUACAACACUUCCGAUGGAUGUCAACCAUACAAGGUACCGCCUUGCGAAAAAGACACAGAAGGGCAUAGUUCAUGUGAAGGAAAAUCAGUUGAACGUAAUCACAAAUGUCCAAAAGACUGUUACGGCAACAAAAUGAUUGUCUUCAAGUCCGACCACCACAAAAUCAAAGACGCGUAUUAUCUCAGUAAUUCUAGCAUUCAGAAAGAUGUGAUUGCCUAUGGGCCUGUUGAGGCGUCUUUCGACGUUUACGAUGAUUUUCCUAGCUACGAAUCUGGUGUUUAUCAAAAAACUGAAAACGCAUCCUAUCUGGGUGGACAUGCAGUUAAACUCAUUGGAUGGGGUAAGGAAAACGAAAUACCUUACUGGCUGAUGGUCAAUUCUUGGGGUGAACAAUGGGGAGACAAAGGAAUGUUUAAGAUUCUAAGAGGGGUUAACGAGUGUGGUAUUGAAAAUUCUACUACGGCAGGUGUACCACUGGUGUGAAACGACUAAAAUACAAAUAUUAUUAUUAAAAUGUACUGCAUUUAUGUAUUAUCGAUUAUAUCUUCAAAAAUAAAUAUUAUAAUCAUUAUUUUUAUCAA